GUAUAUAAACGCAUUGACAUUGUUAUUGGCGGACUUCAGAGACAUUACAUUUACAUUUAUUGAAUUUUGUGUAAGAGCUGGGUGUUCUGGUGACAGAGCCUCGCUGCAUUACACCGGACCUACGUUACCGACGUUUGCGAGGUAACGUUAGCAUCGUAGCGCCAGUUUACCGGUUAGGCUCUGGUGCUAACCGGUUAGCCUUGGGUUCGCUUCCGGUGCUAAGCACUGCAGCUUGCUUUGGGUGACGCUUCGCGUACUGCUGCAUCGGCAGAUAAGACAACCGCCCGGGAGCUUUGAUAUUUUUGGCUUGCGUGGAAGUAAAUUAUUUGUGAAUAUUAAUACUGCAUAUCUAUGGACACUGAUAACAUGGCAUUUACUUCGUAGACAUGCUAAGAGGAAGGAGAACAAGGGGAUUUAAACCACUUCAGGACGCUGAACAGCACAUCAGACGAAAGGAGGACAAGACGUUCUCUCAAUCAGAAUGAAUCUGAAUCCAGUGAAGAGGAAUGUUCGGGUGAUGAUUGUGAUCCAGAAGAUGUUCCUGACUCUGAAAUGGAUACAGGAGAUGAUGAACCACCAAUUAGCCUUGCAAGUUCUAAGUUGCCGGUUGCUGAAGAGUCUCAAUUGGAUACCUCAUUGGAGUUAGAUGUUGGAGCCAACACUCAUGUUGAAGAAUCACCUGACAAAACUUCAAACGACAUAAAAUGUACCACUUUAAGAAAGGGGCAAAACCUCUGCUUUGUUUGCAAAAAGGCUCAUCACAAGAUAGCUCGGCAUUUCAAAAUCCAUGUCAAGGAGAAUGCUGACAUAGCAAAGGCUUUUAGUCUCCCUGUUGGCUCUGUAAGUAGGAAGCAGUUACUAGAGAAUCUCCGGAACAGAGGAAACUUCAUGCAUAACAUCAACGUCCUGAACAGUGGAAGUGGUUCUCUUAAAGUGAAACGUAAAGCUCGGAAUGAACAUAAAAAAUAUGAAUACUGUAUACAUUGCAAAGGAAUGUUUGUGAGAACAGAGCUAUGGCGACACAUGAGAAGGUGCUCCUCUAAGCCAGAAGACCAGGAAGGGGAAGUGGAAGGGAGAAAAAGAGUGCUUUGCGUGGCAUCAUUCAUCAAGUCGGUGUCUUCAGGAACUGUUGGGAAUGGGUUGUUGAAGAUGUUAAGUCGUAUGCAUGAUGAUGAUAUUGCAAGUGUAAUUCGCAAUGACUUUUGCCUUCUUCGCUUUGCGGAGUCCCUUUACAGCAAACAUGGACAUGACCCUUCAAAACAUGACUACAUCCGCCAGAAAAUUCGUCAGCUUGGAAGAUUCCUACAGACAAUGCGCAAAAAUUGUCCAGCCUUAACCUUAGAAGAAGCUCUAAAACCAGAAAACUUCUUGAAUGUCAUAGAGGCAGUAAAAGAGACCGCAGGAUUCAGCAUGGAUGAAAACAGUUAUAGAACUCCAAGUCUUGCCCUGGAAAUUGGACAUUCAUUGUUAAAAGUGAGUAAGCUUGUUCAUUGUCAUGCUCUAAUGACCGGAGAUGAGGGCCAAGUUAAAUCUGCGGAAGCUUUCCAGAAACUUUAUCGCGCAAAGUGGUCGGAGUACAUUUCGCACAGUGCCUUGAGCACGAUUAGUGAUUUGAAAUACAAUAAACCAUCCAAACUACCACUCACUGAAGAUAUUGCAAAACUGAACAAACACCUUGAUGAAAGUACAGAAUUGGCAACUGCAGCACUGAAGGAGGACACAACAGUGAAGAACUAUUCCAAUCUUGCAAGAACAACAUUGACCAAAAUAGUCCUUUUCAACAGAAGACGCAUUGGAGAGGUGUCAAAGAUGAAGCUGAAGAAUUUUGUGGAACGGGAUUGCUCAGUCAACCAUGAGGAAAUGGGCUUGUCAGAAUAUGAACGGAAGCUGUGCCACUAUUUUGAGCGUGUGGAACUACAAGGAAAAAGGGGGAGAAAGGUAGCAGUGCUCCUUACACCUGACAUGGUGAAUGCCCUCGGUUUGUUGAUUGAGAAGAGAAGAGAAUGUUGUGUGCCUGAAGACAACCAGUACUUGUUUGCUGUGCCAAAUUGUCUCUCUUACUACAGAGGGCAUCAGAGUCUCAGAAGGUUGGCAGAAGAAUGUGGUGCAAAGAAGCCAGAUUAUUUGCGAUCCACGCAACUUCGCAAGGAAAUAGCAACUACUUCUCAAAUCCUAAACCUUAAGAAUAAUGAACUCGACCAACUAGCCGACUUCUUGGGACAUGACAUCGCAGUACAUAGACAUUUCUACAGACUGUCUGCCAUACAAAAUGCCAAGAUCUCUAAGCUGCUUCUUGCACUGGAAAAAGGGAACCUUCAGAAACUCAAAGGAAAAUCUCUGGAUGAAAUUGAAGAUGUCACAGAGGAUGACGACGAGGAUGAGAGUGAGGAUGAGGAAACUAUUGCGGCUGGUGAAUCAUCAUGCAGCGAUGUUCCUGAUGAAAUAAAUGUGGUAAGCAGGCGUCACAUGGUGAGACGAAAGUGGACAAAAACUGAAGUAAGCGCAGUGAUGAGACACUUCAGUAGUCACAUUAGCAAAGGCAACUUGGCGUCCAAGAAAGAAUGUGAGGUCUGUAAAAAAGCACAACAUCCAGCACUGAAGAAAAGAACAAUCCAGAAUAUCAGGGACUGGGUCAGAAACAAGGGCCUCACGUUUAAAAGGCAUUAAAGGGGAUCAUGUUUUUUGUUUCUGUUGUUUCUAAGUUGGUUGUUGGUUGUACAGAAUUUUCUCAAAUGUGAAUUAGUGCUGGUGUUUCUUACUAUAAGUUUAUAUCAAGGUAUUUGUUCAUAAUUUCAAACAUUUUUACGCAGGCAACAAUGCAUGAGUGAUCCAGCGAGAGUGUGUGUGUGUGUGCAUGCAUGCUCACAUUGAGCUAGUAAGAGAGGGAGCAGAGAGUGUGUGCUUGCAUUAGGCAAGUGGUCGAGUGAGCGAGCGAUGACUAUGUGCGUGCUCGCAUUGAGAGAGAGAGAGAAGAGUGUGUGCGUGCUCGCAUUGAGAGAGAGAGAGAGAAGAGUGUGUGCGUGCUUGCAUUGAGUGAGUGAGUGAGAGAGAGAGAAGAGUGUGUGCAUGCUCGCAUUGAGUGAUUGAGUGAGAGAGGACUGUGUGGGUGUGCUCGCAGUGAGUGAGUGAGAGAAAGGAGUGUGCAUGCUCGCAGUGAGUGAGUUUGAGAGGACUGUGUGGUUAUGCGUUCUUGCAUUGAGUGAGAGAGAGAGGAGUGUGUGCAUUCUCGCAUUGAGUGAGUGAGAGAGAGGAGUAUGUGUGGGUGUGCAUGCUCGCAUUGAGAGUGUGAGAGAGAGAGGAGUGUGUGGGUGUGCAUGCUCGCAUUGAGUGAGAGAGAGAGAGGUGUGGGUGAGCGUUCUCGCAUUAGUGAGAGAGGAGUGUGUGCGUGCUCGCAUUGCGCAAGUGGUCGAGUGAGAAAGAGAGCAGUGUACUAGUUUUUGAUAUAAUCAGUUAAACUGUCCAGCACUUUGUCAGUUGCACAGAAGUUGCUCAGAUUAUGCAAAUUUGAAUGUUAUGUCAGUUGCAUGAAUUGAUAAAUAAUUAUCAAUAAACAUUUUCAGGUUUUUCAAA